UUAAAUUAUGUCUCUCCUGUUGGAAAUUUGAAAAAGAGGCACAACGCGCUUUUGGACGAUCGAUUCGCAACAUGAAGCAAGGGCACGCCCGAAAAGUUGGUAUUCGGUUAUUUUUGUUGCAGUGCCGUACGUUUGAGUUGUAAGGAAAGGCCCGUCCUCUUUCUUGCACCCACCAAACGCAGGCUAUACAAGACAAACCCAUAGCCAGGGUAUCCAAAUAAAAUAGGCCAAUCAAUCUCAACAGCGAAAAGGGAAGGCUGCAUACCGUCCGAGGCAAACGAACCACCGUUGUUUUCUUUCAGCGAUGAAUGACUCUCACCAUGGAAGUGCCGAGUCACUGCACUCCGUUGCGACGGAGAUUAAUGUCGACGCAAUUUUAGAGUCUUCUCGUCAUUUGUGCGAAGAAGCUCGGGUUGUGUUGACCUCAUUGCGGGGAGGACCUCCCAACGUAGCGCGAGGCGAUCUUGCGCAAGACCUGACCGAUUUGCGGCAUCGGGUAAAGACCAUUCUGUCUACCGACUUGUCGAUUUUGGCACCUGACAUCAACGCCUCCAACGCUUACAACACAACUGGCAACAAUGGAUACAGCUCUCCUAAUAAGCCGGCCCAGGCAGCACCMUUGUCGCCAUUGGCGUCUUCGGCAUUGGAUCCACCAGCUGCUGCAAGUGUUAGCAGUUGUGGCACAGGUGAUGCGAUUAGUACGGCAGCGAUCGCUGAAGGAACAAACUCGCCACCGGUCGAGUCACAACAGAUUCCUCCCCCUCCUCCUCCGCCACCACCUCCUCCUCCCCCGCCUCCACCAUUGCCGCAAGAUAUCGAAGAUAGAUCGGACGAGGGAAGCAGCACCGUUUUUGUUGAAAAACCACAGGGGCAACAGCCGACAAAGCAACCCACCGCUAGUCCAUCCAUGGAUCAAACUGUAGAACCACAGGGCCAAGCGCAACACCUGGUGCCUUUUGAUGCUGUGCACGAACACCAAGAUGUUGGUCCGUAUGCUCGUCCCUUCUUGGCCGUGGUCAUGGACCCUAGAGCGGCAGGUCCCCAUACCUUGGUUGCGUUGCGAGCUUUGCACAGAUUAUUGGAACGGGGUAGUCUCAAACCGCUUGGAGGAACUGCCUCUCAUGAACCUGGGUUUGGAGUUGUUAUGGAACCUCUAACAAAGGGUGUUUUGAAUUGCAAAUUUGAACAAACCGAUGCGGGGGCAGACGAAGCCGUCGAAAUGGCCAUCGCUGAUUUGCUUGCCUUGAUGGUAACGAUCGACCGUCGAUCGAUUCAAAUAGAAACUUUGAUGGAUGCAUUCAACACCGUGUUCGUAACACGCAACACGUUUGUCCAUUCUCCUGCGCUUUGUUACCACUUCGAGGAUGUUCUUACUUCCAUCGUCCGAACAGUUUUCAAGGAUCUUGAUGAUUUGAAUGAUCCUGCGGGUCGUUACAUCUUGGAAUUUUUGGUCAACCAACUUUUGCACACACCAUUGGUGGGGGGUGAUGACGAUGCAUCGAGAGAAGCUCAGAUGGCACACGAUGCCACCCGGGUCUUGUGUCUACGACUGGCAAGGUGCGCACUCAAUUAUGGCUUGAAAGAUGUUUCGAACCAAGUGUUCGCAGAUGCAGCGGCCUCGGCAUCUCCAGACGAGGAGCGGGGUCUCUUACAAAUCGUUCAAGACGAUUUGUGUCUGAGUUUACUCCUGACUGGGCAAGCUAUUUGGGCCUAUCAAGAUACCCCCAGCAUAAUUCCAGGAUUCAUUUCACUCGAAGUAUUAUCUGAAAUUUGCUCUACAAUGUCUACUCUUUGGACGAGUGUGAAUUUACGUCGUCACUUAGUCCCACAAUUCGAAGCUAUCUUUACUGGAUUUUAUCAGCGAGCGCUUGCUCUCUUGCGGAAACGAAAAAAUCCAACCGAUUCUGACUCGUUUCACGCGAAUCUCUCUUUCGAUGCCGGGAUCGAAAUUAUCCUUGAAUCGCUCGCAGAAAUCAUGUGCUUACACGACAAUCGCCAGACGGUUGCCCAAGGCGAUGGCGGGUGUUUAGAGACUCUUUUUGCUACUUAUGACUGUAAUAUCAAGCGCUCCGACGUAGGGGUGGGCUUGAUGAUCGAGUUGUGUCGCUGCGUCGGGUCGAAAGUUGACCAAGAGGGGGACAUCAUGGAGGUGUCGCUUCACGGCAUGGAGUCACUCACUAAUGCAUUUGACGUCAGCAACCAAGAGAAGAAAACAAGUAAUCAGAACGAAGCACAAAGCGCCGAGGGUCAGACCACAACGACGACGACCCCACCGACUCCACCGACUGGGGAUAGUCCAACGGAUGCAGAUACUCCUAAUACAGAGGAUGUAUUCCGCGAGGUCCCUCCCGGUCUCAAAGAAUUAUGUGCCGAAAGCAUCAUUGGAAGUAUGAAGUGCCUGUUCCAGGACGAUCGUGCAAGCGAAACUACGAAAAAAGAGCGUCGUAGCCGUGAAACCAUAAUGAAAAGCAUCGUUUCUCCGGCUCCUCAGUCCUUUUCCGAUUUGAAUCGUAUUUCAUCUUCACACCAUCUAAGGAAUAUCAAAUCAAAGAAGCGCCUUCUGAGAAAGGCUGCCCAUCUUUUCAACACCAAAUCUAGCAAGGGAAUUGAAUUUCUCGUCAACUCCGGAAUCAUAGCGGAGCCUGUAACCCCUAGGAGCGUUGCAUCUUUUCUCAGGAACGGUCUUGUUGUUGGUUUGGACAAGAAAGAGGUUGGCGUGUACUUGGGCGAACUUGGAAAGCCAGCUGUUGCAGGAAAAUCGCCGAAAGUGUGGGAGAGGGAUUGGUUUCACAAAGAAGUUUUGGAGCAGUUCUGUUCUCUAUUUCAUUUUGACCGCCAGUCUUUGUUAGAUGGUCUUCGAAUGUUCUUGGCUUCUUUCCGACUCCCAGGAGAAGCUCAACAGAUUGACCGUAUUCUUCAGGCGUUCGCAGAUUCAUGUGGGAAUCUAUGCGAAGAGAGCACCAACGGGGCUCUCAAAUUAUUUUCAGAUGACCCAAAACGAGCGAGUGACGUUGCUUUCUUGUUGUCGUUCAGCAUUAUCAUGCUCAACACCGAUCAGCACAACGACAACAUCAGGGAAGAUCGAAGGAUGAAGAAAUCCGAUUUUGUUAGAAACAAUACCGAUUAUGGAAAGGAUAUCACGGAUCGUGGAAAGGAGUUGCCUCGUGAAUAUCUCGAGGCCAUUUAUGAUAGUAUCCGUGAGGAGGAGAUCAAGACAGAGGGCGAGGGAGCAGAUGGAUCCAUGACAGUGGAGCGUUGGAAAGACGUCCUUAGAGGAUCUGCAGAGGAGGAAAAACAUUCCGAUGAGGCAUUAAGCACAACUGACGCCGAGGAUCUUUCUGAGCUAGUGCUUGAGCAAGUUUACUUGCCUAUCAUGUCAUCCAUAAGCGCCCUAUGGAGGGUAGAAGAUACUGUCUCUGGUGCACGGAGUGGUAUGCACGGUGCACAGGGUGCUCGUCUCGGAAUGGACAUAGCAUGGGAAAUGCUCAUGGGAGUUCGGCAGCUAGGUCGUAACGACAUUUUCUGCAAGGUUUUCAAGCACGUGUGCAAAUGUUCUGGUCUUUUGAGUUAUGUUUCAAGUGGUGCGGGUCGGUCUUGGGCUUUUGCUAAUUCGGUUGAGGCACAGGGUGCAGCUAUCAUCGCGUUGCACAUGAUUCGUGACGCAAGCAGUGAAUUGGAUCAAGAAUGCUGGAAGAAUAUAUGGGCUAUGAUUUUUGAGUUGCGUGAUCUCAAAAUGCUUGGUGGCGCGACAAAAGCAGGAAAGGGGAUCCUGAAAGAGAGCGACUCUGAUCUGUUGACGGAACAGGGCCGUCGUGAAUGGACGAUGAAACUCCUCAAGAAAGGUAAUGGAAAAAAAUCUCCGCAAAAACCUAAUGCUGGCAUCUUCGCCUCCAUGGGAAACAUGCUCUUUGGAAGUGCAGAAGAUCCGUCGUUGGAAGAACCCAACGAUUCGACUUCUAAUGAAGCCUUGCGUACGAGUCACGGAAAAGAAGACCAUCUUGUCUGGAAUGAUAUCGCUCCUAGCGACGAUGAGGAUGAGAAGUAUACAUCUGCGGAUGGUGAAGAGGAUUUCAUCGUGCGUUCUGACAAUCAUCUUAGUCUAGGUGGACAAUUUGAAAGCCAGUUGAUCCAAGAGGACAUUCUGAUAAGCCAAGCACUAGAAAUGCCAGUCACGGGACUCGAAAGAGUUGAAGAUACUCGAAGAACGCAGCUGACGCCCCGAGCAAGGGUACGAAGAAGGCUUUCAAAAUCUUGCGAUUUUGUUGGACUGGUUUCCGACAGUAGAUUCAUGGAUGACAUGGGCAUUAGCAACCUCUUAGAAGCGUUGAUGAGCUUGAUCACAGAGGGUACCAACAACGGGAGCAAUCGUAAUGGAGCUGAACAAAAUGAGUUUCCAUUAUCCCCUGCUUCCGAGGCCUUUGCUGAAGUCUUGAUUUGCGAGAUUGCUCUCAAGAAUAGAGAUCGCCUUUCGAUGCUUUGGUGCAACCAUUUAAGCAAGCAUUACUACAAUCGGUUGGAUAAUCUAACGAAGACAUUUGUAGAGAAUGAACAGGAAAUGUUCUCGACUAUGAGUGGCGCAAUGGAGAAGGCUAUUACUGGACUUCUGCGAAUUUCAUGUUUCUCACUGAAACGUGGUGAGAUUGCAAACGAUAUUUUGUCGACCUGGUCCCUUUUGGAUUCGUGUGCAAGUGAAGAGGAGAAGCUGUGUCUUUUGGAUGCUUUUGAUCGACACAUCGGAGAGGGUUUGUGGCGAAUCACGAGGUGUGUCGACGACUCUUCUCAGCUCUCAGAACAAGGUUGGCAUGGAAUCCUAUCCUUGAUUAGAUGGAGUGUCUUCCAUGGUGCAUCACUUCCAUCGAUUCCCUCGAUGCAGACCGGGCGCUCUGUAGGUUUGGCCGACGAUGAUCCAUCCAUACAGGUCUACCGAUCGCUUCACUACUUACUAAAUGUAUCUGAAGCAAAAACUCAGGUCCCUUCGGUUAUUAGUGGUUGUAUCCUCUUUCUGGUGAUCACCGGUGACAAAAGAAACUGUCCGAAGUUGAGUAUUGCUGGUCUCGACUUGCUUCAGGUCCUCAACAGCAUAAUCGAAGGUACUGCGAAAGCGGAGAAGGAUGAUUUAUUUUGGAAGAAAAAUUGGUUGCCUGUUAUUGAGAACAUCGCCGAUGCAUCAAAUUUGAGUCCCAAUCCUGUAAGUUCGAUGUUUGUCUUAUUGAAAUUCGUGUCUGCUAUUUUUUUUGACAAGCGAUGCACACGGGGUUUGGAGAUCUCACCCUUUUUUCUUUCUUUUUAUAGACUGUUCGACAACACGCGCUCUCUAUCCUAACAGAUUCGUUCCUUGAUAAGCAAGCAGGCGAGCUACCGGUAUCCAUCCUGUGCGAAGUACUUGGGAAGAUUUGCAUUCCGCUGGCCGGGGAGCGCAUUAUCAAACUCAGGAGGGGGCUAAGAAAUCCGGACCAGUUUGAUGGGAUAAUGACCGAGAUUGAAUUGUGCAUCAGCCUUAUCUUCAAGCCGCUUCGCCACCACAUGAAAAGUAUUUUUGAUACGGAGGCUUCCCUUCUCGAGGCCUUGUGGGUACCGACACUCGACGUCAUCAGGGACAUUUCAAAAGACGAUUCCUCGGAAGACAACCCAAUAUCGCAAACACCAGCGGGUGAGAAGAUGGCUUUGGCCACGAACGAAUUGACCGCAGAUCAUCUUCGAAAUGUUAUUAUGGUGUUAGCAAGCCUUGGUGUUCUCAAACCAUCCACCGAAGGGGCUACAGAUAGUAGUAUCAGCUCAAAAACCUGGAGCGCGAUCGAAGAAAGCGAGUACCUAAAGAAAUUUGCGGCUGAAUGGAAAAGUGCCGCCGGCAAUCCUUCCGCAGGUGAAGCCGUAGCAGGCAGUCAAGACCAAGAAGAGUAGAUUAAUUAAGUUACACUAAACUA